CGUUUGCUCCAAACACGGGAAAAGAACUUUGCGUUGACAUCAUACAAAAUACAACAGACACACCUCCCAAGGAAUCUAGCGUUUCUGGGCACCCUGCAUCUCCUGCUCGAUCGAUCCCGUCGGUGGGUCGGUUCGUCAAUACUUUCUCUCAAUAGGCAUUUAAGUCUCGCUGGUCUUGAAAUGACGAGUGGGUUUGAAGAAUCUACAAGCCGGCCACCCCAAAGUCCCUCAUUCUCUGGAAAUAAUGGUAAUGGCGAUGCCGGGAACUUUGAAUGCAACAUUUGCUUUGACUUAGCUCAAGACCCUAUUGUUACCCUUUGUGGUCAUCUCUUCUGUUGGCCUUGCCUUUACAAGUGGCUCCACUUUCAUUCACAAUCCCGGGAGUGCCCAGUUUGUAAGGCUCUAGUCGACGAGGAGAAAUUAGUUCCCUUAUAUGGCAGGGGGAAAACAUCAACUGACCCCAGAUCAAAAGCUGUUCCCAGUGAUAAUAUUCCUCAUCGCCCGGCUGGGCAGAGACCUGAAACAGCUCCUCCACCUGACACUAAUCAUUUUCCCCAACAUGGAUUUGGUUUCACGGGAGGGUUAGGCGGAUUUGCUCCAAUGGCUAGUGCUAGGUUUGGGAAUUUCACAUUCUCUGCUGCUUUUGGUGGUCUCAUCCCAUCUUUAUUUAACCUUCAGGCUCAUGGUUUUCCUGACACUGCCAUGUAUGGAUCAGCCGGUGGCUUUCCUUAUGGUUUUCCAAAUUCAUUUCAUGGUCAUGGCAUCCGUGGUGCUCGUGUAUAUGCUCAACAUCCAGGUCAAGGACAACAAGAUUAUUAUUUGAAGCGGCUGUUUUUGGUUAUUGGAUUUUGCGUCAUCCUUGCUCUUCUUUGGCAAUAGAGUAAAUCUGCUCUCAGGGUUUGAAGCUUCUAACAGCUGUUUAGGUUUCUCAAUCUCUUAUUUGUAAAUCUGUUAGGGUAAUUUGUUUUUAUAUGUUUUCAGAUUCAGGAAAGUGUUUACACCAUAUUUUUUUUUACGACUGUCUUAGUUUACUUGAUGAUGUUCAUCAGCUUGUAGAAUGAGAUUUUAAUGUUUCUGUAUCGGAUUGAAGCAUGUUUCCUUUAUUAGCUGACUCCUGCCACCAUUCUAAGGAUUUGGAGAGAACAAUGGGUGGGGUGAUUGAUUACUUAUGUACGAAUAAGGAUGAUGCAACUUUUAUUAAAGUGGUCUUGUUUCCUGAUUUGGCUA